ACAAACAACUGAAAUCUUUUAUCCUUCAAGAUGAUUCCCAGAAUAUUUUAUUUCCUUCAGUUUUUCACUCUCUUCACUGUUACUUUUGCUUCCACUGAGGAAGCAACUGCUCUCCUCAAAUGGAAAGCAACUUUCCUAAACCAAAAUAAUUCCUUAUUGGCUUCAUGGACACUAAGUACUGAUUCAUGCAGGGAUUGGUAUGGAGUUAUGUGCUUUAAUGGUCGGAUAAACAGGCUGAAUAAUAGUGUUGUUGGUACACUCUAUGAUUUUCCAUUUUCAUCUCUCCCGUUUCUUCAAUAUGUUGAUCUUAGCAUGAACCAGUUUUCUGGUAUCAUCCCCCCUGCAAUAGGAAACCUCACUAAUCUUGUCUAUCUUGACUUGUCGUCUAAUAAGUUUUCAGGCAAAAUCCCACCUCAAAUCGUCUCACUAUCCCAUAGUAAACUUUCUGGUUCAAUUCCUGCAGAAAUAGGGAAAAUAAAGUCACUUGAGAAUUUAUUUUUACAGAGUAAUAAUCUUUCUGAUUUGCCUGGACUAAAACUUCUGUACCUUCAUUCUAACCAACUUUCUGGUCCCAUUCCUACUGAGUUGGGGAAUUUGAAAAAUCUCAAUGAUAUGAAGCUAUCCCAUAAUCAGCUCAGUGGUUCAAUUCCAACCACUUUAGGCGAUUUAAUUGGCCUCAAAAUUCUGUACCUUCAUUCUAACCAACUUUCUGGUCCCAUUCCUAGUGAGUUGGGGAAUUUGAAAAACCUCAAUGAUAUGGAGCUAUCCCAUAAUCAGCUUAGUGGUUCAAUUCCAACCACUUUAGGCGAUUUAAUUGGCCUCAAAAUUCUGUACCUUCAGUCUAACCAACUUUCUGGUCCCAUUCCUAGUGAGUUGGGGAAUUUGAAAAACCUCAAUGAUAUGAAGUUAUCCCAUAAUCAGCUUAGUGGUUCAAUUCCAACCACUUUAGGCGAUUUAACAGAGCUUGAAAUUAUGUACCUUCAUUCUAACAACGUUCUGGUCCCAUUCCUAGUGAGUUGGGGAAUUUGAAAAACCUCAAUGAUAUGG